AUGAAUUUCACACACCUGUCCAGUAACCUUGACUACACACACCUGUCCAGUAACCUUGACUACAUACACCUGUCCCGUAACCUUGACUACAUACACCUGUCCAGUAACCGUGACUACAUACACCUGUCCAGUAACCUUGACUACACACUCCUGUCCAGUAACCUUGACUACAUACACCUGCCCAGUAACCUUGACUACAUACACCUGUCCCGUAACCUUGACUACAUACACCUGUCCAGUAACCGUGACUACAUACACCUGUCCAGUAACCUUGACUACAUACUUCUGUCCAGCAACAUGAACUUCACACACCUGUCUAGUAACCUUGACUACACACACCUGUCCAGUAACCUUGACUACACACACCUGUUUAGUAACCUUGACUACACACACCUGUUUAGUAACAUUGACUACACACACCUGUUUAGUAACAUUGACUACAUACAUCUGUCCAGUAACAUGAACCACAUAGACCUGUCCAGUAACCAUGGCAACAUACACUUGUUCUUUAACAUUUAUUACAUACACCUGCCUACUAACACUUACUACAUACACUUGUCCAGUAACACUGACUACAUACACCUGUCCAGUAAUAUUGACUACAUACACAUGUCCAGUAAUAAUGAUUACAUACUGUCCAGUAAUAUUGACUACAUACACCUGUCCAGUAACAUGAACCACAUAGACCUGUCCAGUAACCAUGGCAACAUACACUUGUUCAGUUACACUGACUACAUAUACUUGUCAAGUAAUAUUGACUACAUACACCUGUCCAGUAACAUGAACCACAUAGACCUGUUCAGUAGCCUUGAGUACACACACCUGUCCAGUUAUCUUGACUACAUACACCUGUCCAGUAACCAUGGCAACAUACACUUGUUCAGUAACAUUGACUACAUACACCUGUCCAGGAACAUUGACUACAUACACUUGUCCAGUAACAUUGACUACACACACCUGUCCAGUAACCAUGGCAACAUACACUUGUUCAGUAACCUUGACUUCAUACACCUGUCCAAUAACCAUGGUAACAUACACUUAGUCAGUAACAUUGACUACAUACAUUUAUCCAGGAACAUUGACUUCAUACACUUGUCCAGUAGCAUUGACUAUAUACACUUGUCCAGUAACAUUGACUAUAUAAACUUGCCCAGUAACCAUGACAACAUACACCUGUCCAGUAACAUGAACCACAUAGACCUGUCCAGUAACCAUGGCAACAUACACUUGUUCUUUAACAUUUAUUACAUACACCUGCCUACUAACACUCACUACAUACACUUGUCCAGUAAUAUUGACUAUAUACACCUGUCCAGUAACCAUGGCAGCAAACACUUGUUCAGUAACAUUGACUACAUACACCUGUCCAGUAACAUUGACUAUAUACACUUGUCCAGUAACAUUGACUACAUACACUUGUCCAGUAAUGUUGACUACAUACACCUGUCCAGUAAUAUUGACUACAUACACCUGUCCAGUAAAAUUGACUACAUACACCUGUCCAGAAACAUUGACUACAUACACCUGUCCAGUAAUAUUGACUACAUACACCUGUCCAGUAACAUGAACCACAUAGACCUGUCCAAUAGCCUUGACUACACACACCUGUCUAAUAACCUUGACAACAUACAAAUCUUUCCUUGGCUACCUGAAACCGUCGAGUAA